GCGCAGGCGCAGACGGGCCGCACGCAUUCUACGUAACGGAGGGCGGCGGCCGUGCGGGAGGCGCGGCGUGACCGUGCGCUACCGGCUCGGCUGGUGCCCAGGAGGCGGGCGGCGCUGUGCAGCGGCGGCGACCGUGCGGGCGGUGGCCGGGCCGCGAGGCAGUAGCCAUAGAGCCGGAGGCCGCAGGACAGCCUCCGGGACAGGGUACAAUGAAAGCCUUCCAUGCUUUCUGUGUUGUGCUUCUGGUGUUGGCAAGGAUCUCUGAAGCCAAGUUCGAUGAUUUCGAGGAUGAGGAUGACAUUGUAGAGUAUGAUGAUAAUGACUUUGCUGAAUUUGAGGAUGUCACGGAAGAUUCUGUCACUGAAUCUCCUCAGAGGGUUAUUACCACUGAAGAUGAUGAAGAUGAGACUACUGUGGAGUUAGAAGGGCAGGAUGAAAGCCAAGAAGGGGAUUUUGAGGAUACAGAUAUCCAAGAGGGAGAUACCGAGAGUGAGCCCUACGAUGAUGAAGAAUUUGAAGGUUAUGAAGACAAACCAGAUACUUCUUCUAGCAAAAAUAAAGACCCAAUCACAAUUGUUGAUGUACCUGCACACCUCCAAAACAGCUGGGAAAGUUAUUAUUUGGAAAUUUUGAUGGUGACCGGACUGCUUGCCUACAUCAUGAAUUAUAUCAUCGGGAAGAAUAAAAAUAGUCGCCUCGCUCAGGCCUGGUUUAACACACACAGAGAGCUUUUGGAGAGCAAUUUUACCUUAGUAGGGGAUGAUGGAACUAACAAAGAAGCCACGAGCACAGGAAAGCUGAACCAGGAGAAUGAGCAUAUCUAUAACCUCUGGUGUUCUGGUCGGGUGUGCUGUGAGGGGAUGCUUAUCCAGCUGAGGUUCCUCAAGAGACAGGACUUACUGAAUGUCUUGGCCAGGAUGAUGAGGCCAGUUAGUGAUCAAGUGCAAAUAAAAGUAACCAUGAAUGAUGAAGACAUGGAUACCUAUGUGUUUGCUGUUGGUACACGAAAAGCUUUGGUCCGGCUACAGAAAGAGAUGCAGGAUUUGAGCGAGUUUUGUAGUGACAAACCUAAGUCUGGAGCCAAGUAUGGACUGCCAGACUCCUUGGCCAUCCUGUCAGAGAUGGGAGAAGUGACAGAGGGAAUGAUGGACACUAAGAUGGUUCACUUUCUAACACACUAUGCUGACAGGAUUGAAUCCGUUCACUUUUCAGACCAGUUCUCUGGUCCAAAAAUUAUGCAAGAGGAAGGCCAGCCUUUAAAGCUACCUGAAACUAAGAGAACACUACUGUUUACAUUUAAUGUUCCUGGCUCAGGAAACACUUACCCAAAGGAUAUGGAAGCUUUGCUACCCCUGAUGAACAUGGUGAUCUAUUCUAUUGAUAAAGCCAAAAAGUUCCGACUCAACAGAGAAGGCAAACAGAAGGCUGACAAGAACCGUGCCCGAGUAGAAGAGAACUUCUUGAAGCUGACGCAUGUGCAAAGACAGGAAGCUGCACAGUCCCGGCGAGAGGAAAAGAAAAGAGCAGAGAAGGAGCGAAUCAUGAAUGAGGAAGAUCCUGAGAAACAGCGCAGGCUGGAGGAAGCUGCCUUGAGACGUGAACAAAAGAAAUUGGAGAAGAAGCAAAUGAAGAUGAAACAAAUCAAAGUGAAAGCCAUGUGAAGAUCAUCCCAGAGAGCUGAGUUCUAUAAGCUCUGAACUGACAGGAAACAUAAAAAGUUCAAAUCCAUUUCUCUUCUUAAAGUUCAGACACUCCUGGUGAUUGAGAUACUUGUAUUUUAUCAUCUAUUUGCUUUUGGUUUGGAGUUACGUAAAGUUUAUAGGUAGUGAUGGAAGGACUAUUUCAGUAAUUUUCUUCCAGAUAAUCAAAUUAUUUUGAUUAUUUUAUAAGAGAAAUUAUAUAUGAAAUCUGUGUAAUUUUAAAAUAUUUUUAAAGUUAUGAAUCAUCUGUGCUUUUAGUGCUUUGAUGUUUGAAGAAAUAUUAUGAAAUUUAUAGAUAAAGAUUGUUGCUUUUUAUUUAAACUAGGCAGUUGAAAUGGCUGUGGACAGACCUCUAAACCACAAUUCCACCAGUAACUAUUGGAAUUGCACAAUAAAUAUUACUUGGUGUUUU